AUGAAGGGCAUAGAUGAGUUCUAUGAGGACCGAGAGUAUCCUGAGAUGGGAGAAUUGGAGGAGUUAUCGAAUGAGGCUGAUAAGAGCGAGGACACGGAUGAUACGGGAGCGAGUGUGGAGGCAGCGGAGAAGCAGGAAGAGGAGAUAGUCACCAUGGAGGCAGCAGCAGUGAAUGGUGGAGAUGGAGAUGGUGUCAACACUUUUGCAGCAGCGAUCGUGGUUGAAGAUGAAGCAGUAAAUGCGAAGUGUGUGGGAGUCGCUGUGAAAGGGGACAUCAUGGUGAAAGGAUCAAAGGCGAAUGCAACUGCAAAGGGGCGAGUGCUUACAAAGGAGGAACAUGUUGAGGGGUAUGAGACCCGAGAGGUGUUGAGUGUUAAGAUGCCGAGGAGAAGUGAGAGGCUUAAGAAAAUGUCUCAAGGUUUGGACGUCAAGGCGCUCAAAUUCAAGACACGAUCCGCGCUGGAGAGCGUCGCGCGUGCGCGCCUUUUCUUCGGCAUUCCCCGUCCCGUGGUGAGUGUGCCUCCCGCUCCCCCCCCCCCUUACCCCUUUCUCCCCCACCCCCCCCCUUUCCCCUCCUUCUUCCCCCCCCCCCCCCUCUUUCCCCUCCUUUCUCCCCCCCCUUUCCCCUCCUUUCCCCCCCAUCCCUCCACCCAGGAAAUAGACGCCCUCCCCCUGAAAAACAAAUUCCCCCGCAUCACACCUCCCCCCACAUCACACCUUCCCCCACAUCCCACCUCCCCCCGCAUCCCACCUCCCCCCGCAUCCCACCUCCCCUCCCCCCACAUCCCACCUCCCGCCACUUCAGGGUCCGCGCUGCAGGUGGUGGGUGGUGAAUGCGUCGACCAUCGGAGAUCCGCGCUGCAGAUGGUGGGUGGUGAAUGCGUCGACUAUCGGAGGUCCGCGCUGCAGCUGGUGGUGAAUGCGUCGACCACGGGAGUGACUGAUGAGGAGCUGGAGUGCGGGGGCUUCCUCCUCAUGAUUACAUGCGAUGCACAGGGCCGUGUGACCGGCAUGUUGCUUCCCUAUAUGGCUGACGUUCCAUCUGACAUCGUCCAACUCUCCCGCCUGGAAUCACUGAGCAUGGAGGGCAACGGUGCCAUGCCCAGCCUGCCUUCCGUCCUCGGCUCUAUCACCUCCCUCACUCGCCUUAACAUGGUCUCAGCUGCCAGUGGCGGCACCAUCCCUCCAUCUUUCAUCCGACUCAAGAGACUGCGGCAUCUAGUCCUGAUGAACAACAACUUGGACGGCCCCAUUCCUGCCUUCCUCUCCUCCCUCACUGCCCUAACACACCUAUCGCUCGGUUCCAACCAGCUGACCUCGUCCAUCCCUGCAAGAAUCUCCAGGCUUCAAAAGCUCGUUACACUUGACCUGUCGCGCAACCAGAUCUCCGGCUCCCUGUCUCCCCUCACAGCCAUGCCACUGCUGAGCCAAGUUAAUCUGGAAUUCAAUCUGCUCGGUUCGACUCUGCCAAGCUCUAUCUCCAGACUCAGGCGGCUAACUCAGCUGUCUCUUACAGACAACAAAAUCAGUGGGUCUGUGCCUCGGGCCAUCUCAGGCCUCUCUAACCUCCAGCUCCUGUACCUGGGAACCAACAACAUCACGGGUUCUAUCCCAUCUGCCAUUGGCUCUCUCAAGAAACUCGUUGCCUUGGACCUGUCAUACAACCCCAUAUCAGGCAGCCUGCCUGCAGCUAUGGGCUCCCUCAAAUCCCUCAGAAUGCUUAACAUCAAGUCAGCAUGUCUCAACAACUCUCUUCCUCUCACCCUUACAAAGCUGCAAGCGCUAGAUAGCAUCAACUUGCCCUACAACCAGCUCUCCGGCUCAUUUCCUGGCUUCCUCGCUAACCUGACGUUUCUGACUUUAGUUGACAUGAGUGGUAACCAGAUCAAUGGCUCCCUCCCACCCUCGUUAGGAAACUUCACGAACCUCUACAGGCUGCAACUGUCCAACAACAGCAUCACCGGUAGCAUCCCAGAGGCUAUGGGCCGCCUUUCCGGACUUGCCUUCCU